UAUCGGCAUCCUAAUUUUUUGUUCACGGAGAAAUAAAGAAGAAAAAAACAGAGAAAAGCAGGGUGGACCAAGUUUUUGUUUUUGAGGAACGUGAAACAGAGUGGACCACGUAAAUAGCAAAGUGAGAGCCCACCGGAAAGCCCACUGGUAAUUCUGCGCCGUGAAGGAAAAAACACAUUCGAAGGAAAUGAAAAAAAAAUACCAAGUUAUCUUCACCAUCAUCAAUCAAAAGAUAAAUCCAUCAAGAAAAAGUCAAUCAAAAAAGAAAAGGGAAAAAACGAAACAGCGGGCCAGGAGAGACAUCGAGGGUUUGCGCUGCCGCCGGCGCGAUCUGCUUCGCGGCAGCGAUGGGGCCCGACGAGCGCAACCAACCGCGCGAGCCCCUGCUUGCCGCCGCGCCCCCACAGGCCAAUCCGCAAUCCCCCUGCGCUGCCCCCCUGCUAAAACCCUCCACGGCGGCCGCCGCCGUGGGCUCGCCCAACGCAACCGUUCUGGACGACGGAUCCCCACCAAGACAACUCCCAGGAAACAUGAUGACUUUUAUGUGUCUAUGCAACACCCAGCCGCUUGAAGAAUUUUUGAUUGACUGCCCACUUGUAUAUACCGUGUCUAUAUUUGGCGGCGAAAUGUCUGAAGCUGCAACAGACCAUGGCAGGUGUCUGUUUCAGGCCAUCAUGGCUGAUAUAUUAAAGAACCACUUGGAUAAUAUCAGCUGGGAUGGGGCAUUCAGUAUUGCCGAUGUUCUGAUCGUUAAGCAUGAAGAGUACGUAAAUGUGAAGAUACAAAAGGAACCUGUCAAGUUUGAAGGUAGAAGACAGCUUGAGGCCAGAGUCAAAGACCUGAACAGAGCUGCUGCGGUUUUCAUACCAUUGUACCAGAACAGUAAUGGUGUUUUGCCAGUUUUCUUUGACCAGCUCAAAGAAGAUCUAGAGGAAGCGACUAUUGAGCUUGUUGAGGAGAAGUGGUUCAUCAAAUAUUUGACUUAUCAUGUUGCCUUUAUGCCCUCGGCUGCACGUAUGUACUUUGAGAUGAUGCUGAACUGUCGAAACUGUGGCAUCCUAAGGUCCAUUAUGCUAUCAAGGCCUGUUGGAAAUGAUUGGAAAGCACUUGUGAAAUCGACGAAAGGGGAUAGCAUUACUCUUCUUCAUGAUGUGUUCUCUGACAGUAAUCCUCCUACUGAGGAGAGGCCUGAUAGAUAUGAAAGCACAGUACGUGGGCUUCUCACAUUUAUUAAAGAUGUCCUUGAGCAUGGUAAAGACCCUGUGGAAGUCGUUCAGAUAGAGUUUUACCUUGCAAGAACGUUCCCUUUUUUAAUUCCAGGCUUAUUGCGAACCUUCUUGCAGCAUGGAAUAAUGAAACAACAUUUUGCAGAUAUUUGGUCAUGUUUUAAAGUGGUUCCAUGUUCCAAAUGAUCAUGAGGGGAGAAGGUAUGUAUUCACGGAUCCAUUGUCUUGGAACGUUUCAAGAUUUAGUGCAUGUAGAGUUGCUCAUGUUAUAUUGAGAAUGUGUAAUUUGAUCUGUCUGAAAGUCCUAUUGUUUUAGCCAGCACAUAGAUUGUGCACGUAUCUCUUAAAUGUGCUCUUAUGAACCGUCAGGUUGUGGUUUGCAUGAUGAAGUUUUUAAGGUUGCAGCUCCUUCCAAUUUCUAUAAAUGAGCGAUUUAUUGAAGGACCAAAUGGGUCAAUGAUGAAGCGUUGUGUAUGAAGAUGUACAUCUUGUGCUUCUGUGCCAUUUCAAAUAUACGACGGGUUGUGUUUCUAUCUAUUUGGCGGAUGCAGCAAUUAAUACUCCCUCUGUAAAGAAAUAUAAGAGUAGUGAUCUAAACACUCUUAUAUAUAUUUCAUUAGAGAGGGAGUAUAUACAUUUUAACUCCACUGGUUGUUAGCUGGUACACUAAGUACAAAAGAACACACUGUUUGAGAUGCGCAGCCUCUAAUACAUCUGCACUCAUAAUUCUGUAUUGUAAUAGCAAAAGUUUGUACAGCAUGCUUUCGGAAGCUAAAGGUUGACUUGUUCGAUAUGCUCGAUCAUCGUAAUGUAAAGGCCUAUUAUUUCCCUGCUUAUGAGUUGGAUGCA